AUUGUCAUGAUGUGUUAACGGGAGUGAAAGGACGUCGUUUUGGAUUAAUUUAUUGAGACAAAAAGACACGGGUUUUCUGUGAACAGAAUGACUGUCGUGUAAAUAGUAUAUCGUGUAAAGGAUCUUUGAAUCCCGUUUUUAAUUAAGAUUUAAGACCUCUAGUUUAGUGAGAUUGCAAUCAUGGUGCAGGAAUAUGUUUCUCCUGUCAGGGUUCACAAGUAUCCGUUUGAAAUGGUGAUGGCCGCAUACGAGAGGCGGUUCCCCAGCUGCCCGCAGAUCCCGGUGGUGCUCGAGUGUGUGAUCACAGAGGACAGCUGGACCGCGGACGACUCGACGCGGUACACCACAAGGCGCUGCCAACUCAAUGUUGACGCUCCGUAUCUGCUGAAAAAGAUGAUCGGCGUAGACUACGUAUACUUCAUCCAGAAGAAUCACCUGGACUUGAAGAGUAGAGUGCUUGAAAUUGAGGCGACGAACGAAACCUUUUCGGCGAGGGUCGGCGUCGUCGAGAAAUGCCGAUACUAUGUUCACCCCGAAAACCCAGAAUGGACCUGCUUCGAACAGAGUGCUCUUCUCGACGUUAAGAAUUUCUUUGGACUCGAGAGCACGGUCGAGAAGAUCGCUAUGAAGCAAUACUCGGCUAACAUUGCUAAAGGAAAGGAACUGAUCGAGUCCUUUAUGGAUGAAGUCCUAGCUGACGGCGUUCGUGAUCUUAAACCUUGGGAGGCUGGACAGCAUGCGCGCAACCGAGAAUUGCGUCGGGUGGUGUCCCGCGGGACUGAACCGUUGUCUCCUCUAGCCGCUCCCGACUCACAGAGACACUCGCAACCAGACCAAUACACCCUGGAUAGUGAGUAUAUCAAGCGAUAUCUGGGUGAGCUGACACCGAUGCAGGAGUCUCGACUGCUGCAGCUGCGGAAGUGGAUUGCAGAUCUACAAAAAGGAAAAGUACCUAGCGACAAAACCUUGCUGCGUUUCCUCCGCGCGCGUGACUUCAACGUGGAGAAGGCGAGGGAGAUGCUCUCACAGUCUCUGCUGUGGCGCAAGAAGCACCAGGUGGACCGCUUGCUAUCCGAGUACGAAACGCCCGAGGUUGUGAAGCAGUACUUCCCUGGUGGCUGGCAUCAUCACGAUAAGGACGGUCGUCCGCUGUACGUCCUGCGACUGGGUCAGAUGGACGUCAAGGGCUUGCUUAAGUCGAUUGGAGAGGAUGGACUCUUAAAGUUGACACUUCACGUGUGUGAAGAGGGCUUAAAACUCCUGGAGGAAGCGACCAGGUCAUCCGAACACGCAGUGCAGGCUUGGAGCUUGCUUGUAGACCUGGACGGACUCAACAUGCGACACCUCUGGCGUCCCGGAGUCAGGGCUCUACUUCGCAUCAUACAGAUUGUAGAAGCGAACUAUCCAGAGACAAUGGGCAGGGUACUCAUCGUGAGAGCCCCAAGAGUCUUUCCUAUCUUAUGGACAAUCGUUAGCACAUUUAUAGAUGAAAAUACCCGCAGCAAGUUUUUAUUUUACGGUGGCAAGGACUACCUGCAACCAGGUGGCCUCCUAGACUAUAUUCCCAAGGACCUUAUCCCGGACUUCCUUGGUGGGCCCUGCAAGAGUUUCGUGCAUGAAGGUGGACUGGUGCCGAAGAGUCUCUAUGUUAGUGGAGCGUUCACAGAGCGCGAUGGCGACCCACUCAGCGAGGACAGCAUUUAUCGUUCUGUCAGUUUGGCUAAAGGACAGGUGCACGAGGUGGUGGUGAGCAACCGCGACCCGCAGAGCGUGCUGACGUGGGACUUCGACGUGCUGCGCCACGACAUCGCCUUCACCGUGCUGCACACGCACCUCGACCUGCCGCCACCGGACGAAUCAGCCACAGGCGGCGCGGCGCAGAGCGUGGUGGCGGCGAGCUGGCGCGAGGGCUCGCACUUCCGGCGCGCCGAGCCCACGCUGCUCUGCCACGACGGCGAGAGCAUACAGGGCUCCCACGUGAUGACGGAGUGUGGUAACUACGUGCUGCAGUGGCGCUGCGAACUCUUGGACACUUCUCAUCGAGCUGCCCAGCUCAUGUACUUCUACGAGACCCUUGACAGUCAUCAAUACAAGUGAGUAUUACACAUUAUAAUACAGCUACGAAGUUCUGUACAACAGAUAUUCACACUCCACUCGUGCAAGUGAAAUAGAUAAAACAUACCAUAGAUACUAACACCUACACCUACAAAGGUAGGGCAAAGAGUACGGACUUUCACGACACGGUCCGAUUUGGCACACUCCUGAUUAUUGCACAGUACAGUACAACUACCUAGAUAAUAUAAGAUGUUCGAUCUCCACAUAAAAAAACAUACCAUAGAUUCUGACACCUAUCACCCACAAGGACCAUGGCCCAUCUUCAAUAUCACGCCAAUUUGGUUAAUAAACUUCUGAAUUAGGCAUCACUUGCCAACUCUCCACUCACUUCGGCAUAAUUUUCUUUGUCACUCUUUCCUCAUUCUUUCUAUCUAUUUGUACAAAUCACUGAAGCAUUCCUUUAUACCUUAACUGUGAAAUAAAUACUUGAUCCUUUAGUUUUAUAACUUACAUCAUUGAAAAGCGACAUCUAGCGUUCGAAUUAUAAACCACCAGCUAUCACCAUCACCUCAACAAAGCUCGAAAGGAUUCCAUCUUUUCGAUGUGCGUUUCUUGGGCCCGUACAAAACAUUUUGCGACGUCGUUUUAGGUUAAAGAAGUGAAGUCAUCAGUGUUCACGGGGCAACAUGGCGAGUCUGUAGUUUAAGGUAUCCCACCAUCACCGAAUGCAGCGCAACCUCAGGUGGGUCCGGAUGCGAUCGCUGCUCUAAGCUUUAAAAACAAAGAAAAUUAACACUAUUGAAAAUCAAAACCAAUGCAUCGACCAUUUGCCUGUAUUUAUAUAUCUUAAAAUUAUUUUUAUGUGUGUUUUUGGUAAAAAGCUACUAACCUCGACAACAUUCACAUCCGUAAACGCGUUGUGUAACUAACACUUCAUUUUAACCUGUUUCAUGCUUAGUAAAAGCGGACCGUUAUAACGUAAUUUAAAAAAAAAUCGGACCUAUAGGACAUAGAUUUUCAGGAAACGAGCUUACUCCUUUUUAAAAGGCCCGCAACGCACCUGCCAUCAGGUGAGCUGCAUGCUCGUUGGCCCCCUCUUACAUAUAUUUUAAAAAAAAACUUUCGAUUAUUUUGUAUUUGCUAUAAUUGACAUGAAAAUGUUUAUAAAAGAAAAAAUUUAAUGGGUUAUAAUUACGUUAAAUAAAUUAUUAUUAAAAAAAAAACACUAAAUUGAAUAUUUUAUAAGAAAAAACACUUAUUAAAACUAUAGUAGCACUACUUACCAUGAAGUAUAUUAUAUACUACAUACAUACAUACAUACGUUACGUACAUUAUUAUCAUUGUUCAAAUGUCUUUUGAUAGAUAAAAAAAAAAAAACAAAUAGUGGCGAUAAGAUACAGCAAUAUCAAAAACAUACCUUUAUGCUAAAAUAAUAUUUAAGUUCUUCUUUUACACUCUAAUUUUUAACUAGAAAAAGUGUUUUGGCGGGAACAUGACCGGCGGCGGUAUACUGCUCCUGUAUUAUUGUUUAAAUAAUGGUUUGAAGUGGACUUUGAUAUCUAAAAGUGGUGCGAUUUUAUAUAUUAAGUGUCUACGCAUGUGAAAUAUUAGUGGAAACGAUGAAACAAGUGCUCUAAUGGUGAUGUGAUUCUCAAUAUAAGGUUGUCUGCUUAGGCGCCUUGAGAUACCAUUGCCAACUGUCUGUUGGCUCAAGUUGCCGCCAAAAUCUCCCGAGGACUUCACAAUGUGUCGCAUCAACAUAUUGUGAAGCAGUGUACUAUGAAGGCUAAUUAUACAAUUGUACUACGAAGGAUAAUUAUAUAUUG